AUGAUUGUUGUUGCCAGACGUGUUGUUGCAGCAGAUGUGUUUUUGCAGACGUGUUGUGAGCAGCAGACGUGUUGUUGCAAGCAGACGUGUUUGUGGCAGCAACGUGUUGUUGCAGCAGACGUGUUGUUGCAAGCAGACGUGGUUUGUCGCAGCAAACGUGGUUGUGUGCAGACCGGUGUAGUUGGCAGCAGACGUGUUGUCGCAGGCAGACGUGUUGUCAGCAGCAACAGGGUUGUGUCGUCUGCAACUAUGUUGCCGGCAGAUGUGUGGUUGCAAACGGCAGACGUGUGGAUGCAGCAGACCAUGGUUGUUGCAGCAACUUGUUGGUUGGCAGCAGUGUGUGUUGUCAACGUGUUGGUGCAGACAGACGUGGUGUUUGCAGAGCAUGUGUUGUUGCUGCAGAUGUUUGUUGCAGACGUGUGUUUGCAGCAGAUGUGUUUUUUGCCAGACGUUGGUUGCAGCAGACGUGUGUUGCAGCAGACCGUGUGGUUGCAGCUGACGUGGUUGUGCAGCAACGUGUUGUUGGCAGCUGACGUGGUUGUUGCAAGCAGACGUGUUGUUGCAGCAAGACGUGAUUGUCGCAGCAAGACGUGUUGUUGCAGACGUGUUGUCUGCAUUGCAGACACGGUGUUGUCGCAGCAGUCGGUUGCCGCAGCAGACAUGUGUUAG